ACACGCACGUGCGAGCCGCCUUAUCUAGUGUAUUUACAAGUGCAUCCACCAUGGUGAAGUUCGAAGGGGAUUUCAGUAUAAACGCGAUACUCAUGAACCACGCGGUUUCCAAGCCGCCCCCGUCCCCGACCACGUCGAACACGACGCCGUCGGAAGCUGAUCUCAGUGAUUCGGAAUUGGAUGUGACCGGCACCGAGCCGGUCGACUGCACCAAGCCCAAGGAAGACGACAAGAAAGAUAAGAAACAUGAGAAACCGGCGUACAGUUACAACGCGUUGAUCAUGAUGGCGAUCCGCAACAGCCCGGAGAAGCGACUAACAUUAAACGGGAUCUACGAGUACAUUAUGACAAACUUCCCGUACUACAGGGAGAACCGACAGGGCUGGCAGAACUCGAUCCGCCACAACCUCAGUUUGAACAAGUGUUUUGUUAAAGUGCCGCGACAUUACGACGACCCCGGCAAGGGCAACUACUGGAUGUUGGACGCCUCGGCGGAGGAUGUGUUCAUCGGCGGCACGACGGGCAAGCUGCGCCGCCGGUCCGCGCUCAACGGCCGGUCGCGGCUCGCUUGCUUCAAGCGGCCUCUCUUCCCUGGCGGCCCGUUACCUGGAGGCUAUCCGCCCACAGCUUACUCACAACUAGUUGGCCUGUACUCCCAACUUUUGUACCAGCGAUACGCGCCAAUGCAAAUGAAGACUCCGCCAGUUACACCGAGCGCAGUGCACCCGGCAUUCAGAAACGAAAUGAACUACCCUCUGCAGUACCCUACAGGAUUGUACUCUGAAAGGUUACCAUCCGGUCACUUCUUGGGACAGUCACCUCUGCUACAAAGUUCGCUGCAGAGUUCUCCAAUGUUGUCGCAAACGUCGCCACUUCUACCGCCAUCACCGCCGAUGCUGUCGCACUCGCCCCCGCACUCCGGCGCGUCCAGCCCCGAGCUGCCCUCGCCCUCGCACCACCCUCUCACCCCACACAUCUACAAACCCGUGACAGUGCUGACGCGGCAGUAAACCCCAAGAGGCUGAAUAUUAUAAUUAUAAAUAUCUGUGAUUUAGUUGUAAUACCUGUGGAAUAGUUGAAGGUAAUCAUUGCAAUACUAUGUGUAACUCAUCUUAGCAUUCCGCUUUCGUUUGUAAAUAUAAAGUGUAUAUUUAUUAAAUUAGCUUUAAGGAAAAGAUGUAAUAAACAAAGAUAUCGAACUUA